UGUCAAAUAAACGUGGUUUAUUUGAUAUUGCUAGAACCACAAAAUUGAUAGAUUAGAUAGUUGUUCAUAAAGAUCAAACGAUUACUAAAAAUAAAAGAAAAAACAAUCGAUCCAAUUGGAGAAGCACCUGUUCCGUAGAGUCAGAAUAAAUGAUUGUGUUAAGAGACAAAGAUCUCUGCACGUAGGCACAUGGAACCGACCCCACCAUCCAAUUCGGAGAGUCUGAAACUUCCAUCGCCUUUUGCCUUUGCUGCUGUUUGUAUUUCCUCAAAAAUCUCCCACCGUUUCCCGAAUCUCAAAUCUCAGUCUCAUUCUCUCUUCUUCGUUUUCUGAAGUUGUGGUGGAUGGCAAAAACCAACAAGUACACCUCCAUCAAUUUCAAUCACGUGCUCGAUAAAAAUAUCUCUACUUCCACCUCCAGCGCCAACUCAACUAAAACAUCUUCCUCUUCUUCUUAUUCUUCCAUCGCUUCUUCCAAUACUAGUCUGUUGGCAUCCGCCAGAACCCAUGGCCGCAUGCUUGUUCUUACCAAACCUAAUCCUAAACCCGUAACCUCAUUGUUGUCUUCACCUUCUUUGUCUAACCAACAGACUUCUCCUGACCCAAUUUCUCUGCGACCUCUAGGACGAACAGGGACGGGUUCUGAUUCUUUCGCACCUGUUCUUGUUCCGGAGAGAGACAAGGAAGCUAGCUCGGUUGUUGUGUCACCCAAACCGGACAAGUUUGUGCCACCGCAUCUUAGGCCGGGUUUUGCGGGCAAGGAGGAGAGGCCCACUGUGGACGUUGUGCGGGCGAGGGAGUCGGGUCAAAAGCAUUUUAGAUCUCCCGGUCGGUAUGGAGAUGAUGGGCGGCCCAAGUCUGGUGGAUAUGAGCAGACGAGGAGAGAUGGCGAGUCGGAUCUGGGUUUGCUGAAUCGACCCAGAUCAAGUGGGAAUCGACCUAGUUAUACUGAACCAUGCUUUGGAUUGUCUCUUGCAAUUGGACAAUGGAAUAUUCGUCUAUCAGUGUUAACAAUCUUAAUUUUCCAGAAAUUCUUUGAAGGGAAUCUCUUUCCCGAGACUGGAUGUGAAUUUUCCUGAAACAGUGGAUAGAUUAAAGUUUGAAUUGUCAGGGCUUUUGGGAAGAUUAGUCAAAUUUCAAUUAAUCGAAAACCAGGUGGAUUUUUUGAGACUUGUAAGUCCAAAUGAUCAAAGUUUGUAAUAUUUUGAACAAGAAAGGUCUGAAGAUUCCAGUCCUAUUAAUUACUUGGUAGUUGGCUCUUGUAUACUAUUUAAACAGACGACAGUACCUGCGGUGCGAAGCUAGAAUUUCCUGUGUGUCAUUUUUUAUGUUGUAAUUGCUGUGAUGGGGAGCAUCGUGUGUACUUAUUGUUUCACCUGUUUCUGUUGUGUUCUGUCUUUAUUAAUGGACUUUAUCCCCACAUUUUUCUUCGA